AUGUGGAGAGACGCACAGAUCUUCUGCAGAGAGCAUCAUACUGAUCUGGGGUCUGUGAGGAAUCAGAUUGAGAAUGAUCAGAUUCAGAAGAUCAUUAAUAACAGUCAGAUGCCUGUCUGGAUCGGUCUGUUCAGUGACUCAUGGGAGUGGUCAGAUCAGAGUAACUCCGGCUUCAGAUACUGGAUGUCUGGUGAACCUAAUGGUGGUGGUAAUCCAAUGUGUACAGAAGUCCAAAUGGAUCAUCAGGGUCAAUGGAAUGAUGCGGGUUGUCAGUACCAGAAGACUUUUGUGUGUCAUGAAGAUAAGCUGGUAUUGAUCGAUCAGAGUCUGAGCUGGUCUGAUGCUCUGAGUUACUGUAGACAGAAUCAUGUGGAUUUGGUUUCGGUUGAUUCAGAGGAGAUUCAGCGCUGGGUGUCAGGAUUGGUUAAAAAGGCCUCUACUCCAGAGGUGUGGUUGGGGUUACGUCACUCCUGUGCUCUGGGUGUUUGGUUCUUGAUGAAUGGACAGAUGGUUUGCUAUCAGAAUUGGGUGAACAGUACAGUAGAUAAGAGCUGUGACACUGUGAGAUCUGGAGCAGUUCAGUCUGGAGGAGAUCAGCGCUGGAUCAGCCUUCCUCAAACUGAACUACGCAACUUCAUCUGCACCAGAUAUGAAGAAUGAAAUCAUC